AUGCACGGCGUUGACACCUUACUUUCCCCUGUCUCUACCGACUGCUUGCUAGAGGUCGUCGAGGAGGGGAUUCAUCGCCCAUUUGAACCGUUCCUCAAGGUCGACUAUCUCAAGCCUAAGCACAGGCCGGAGCCGUUGACGUUGCAGCCCCGUCCUACCGCUCAGACUACCCCACCGCGUAGCUCUCGUCUUUCCUCCACUGUCCUCCUCAUCGUCUUCACACUCGUUUCCCUGAUCUUCACCGGCUCACUCUCCUUCGCUUUCUUCGGUGAACGCAAUAGCGAUGUCUUGGGGGAUUUGUUGAAGGACGCAGCAGAUGCCUUACCAUCUGGAAUCUUGCUGCUGGGAGAAAAUGUCGAUGUCGAUGUCGACGAACCGUCUAUCACCGUGCGGUGGUCCUUGAUAGCUUGUGGCCCAGGAGUCGCUUUGAACGGUUCUGAGGGUAUACAUGGUAUCGCCGCCUGCGGCCUUCCCAAUCGGAACAUUAGCGUGUUUGUCGACGACGCCGAGUCACCUGCUCUCGUCUUCUCACCUUCGAAUAUACCAUAUCUCUCAAGUUCGGGUAUGCGUAGACACAUUCAGGCGCUGUCUCAAUUCGACGCCGAUUACGUGCUGGAUGUACACGAAGCCCAUUUGUAUCCAAUGGAUCGAUACUCGCUCUCGACAACCAUGUUCGCGCUCGACACGCAGUCGUCUACCCCUAUACCCAUCGAAGCGCUCCAUACUAUACACGAGACGAUGAGCUUUUCGAUAGCCUCGUCUGACUCGAGCACAUAUCACGCACUGUCUGACGGCUCGCGUCGGUCCAGUAGGGAACUGCGCCUUAGCGUCAGUCGCCCUACCUCUGCGAGGAUAUUCAUAUUCUCUCUCUGGGCCACAAAUUGGUUGCUCGCGCAUGCCGCUGUAGGCCUGAUACUUCUCACGGUCCGGAACGAAGAAUAUCAUCCCGGCGAUUCCCCAGCACUGGCGGUCCUUGCGAUUCUCUUAGCUAUACCAAGACUCCGCGAAGCUAUGCCAGAUGGUCCAGGGCUUGAUGGAGUGCUCAUUGAUACGGUUGGCUACUUUCCACAGAUGGCGCUAUCGGGCAUAUGUGCGGUAACACUACUCUUCCUAGCAGCGAAGAGAGAGAUGGACGGUGUAGAUGCUGUGCCUCAAGCCGACGCCGGUACCCGCGGGCAACUCGUCUGA